UAGUGGUGAUUCGCCAUCGCUGCCCUUGGUCAUCUUGGUGUCUGCCUGGUCGUCUUGCCCAGGUGGUGGUGGAUCUCCCACCAGGUACAUCAGGAGACCGUACGUUGGUGUGAGGUGCCUAUUUUUUGGAUCUGACGGUGCGUUCAACGUUCAAGAGAUGGAGGUGGUGGGGGAGCUACAACGUGUGGAGCUGACGAAUGGAUGAAGACCUUGGAGAUGGGGUGCAGGCGGCUACAGGCGAUUGUGGGAGAGCUGUCUUUGCGGUCGAAUGAGGCGCCAGAGGUCGAAGGGGGAGCGAUUUCUCUGGCUGAUUGGCUAAAAGUUAUGACGGACGACAUUCUGGAUAUUAUCUGGGAGCUGGAGGAGGGGCCGGAUCCCCAGCUUGAAGCCUGCAUCGAUUCGAGGAGGGCAGAUGGCAUGAUGUCUUCCUGCUAUGCCCUCUUCACUGAGGGUAGCAACCUGCGCGAUAUGCUUGAGGAGCGGCUGAACGGCGAUAACGAUAUGGAGGAUGCGGACUCGCAGGAGGAUGGAGAGAAGGAAGACGAAGAUAACUGCGGCGUCAGCAUCAACAACAACAACAACAACAACAACAACAACAACAAUAACGGUGACAGCGACAACAAAAAUGGUGACAGCACCGACAACAACCAUAACGACAACAACAACAUCAGCGAUGACAACAACAGCCUCUACAACGACAGCGCAGUCGGGGAGAACGGUUAAAGCAAUAACAAGGACAACAACAACAACAACAACCACCACCAAAACAUCACCGAUGACCACAGCAUCAGUGGGAUGGGCAGCAGUGACUGCGCAACCAUUUUCAUCAUCAGUAUGGUAAGUGAGAUGCCAGAUUCUGACGUGGACAGUGGGAAGGGGGUUAGGGCUGGAACAAAGUGGUGCUCUAUUC